GCAUAUCCUUCAGGUCCUAGAUUGAAAGAAUCCCAACAUUUAUCAUUAUCCCAAUAAAAUAUGUACCAGACUAAUGAUACUUUUAAUUGGACUUAAAUUUUCAAGUCUAGUCUGUUUAAGUUGAAUUUAUAUGGUCAAAACUAGCUUGGUCUAUAUGUAUGUUGAAUGUUGCGUGUAUUUUACACCUAUCAAAGUCACAUCUAUUUAAGAGACCGAAAUUGGUCCAUCCUUUUGUGAUACUCCACUGCAGAGCACAUAUAAAUAACUAUAUAAGUAUAUAUCCAUCUAUAUCUCUCAGACGGUCUGCAGGAUAAUUUGAUGAGAUCAUCAGAUAUUAAUUAUUUAAUUUCCUUGUUGAAGAAUAUAAUAUAAGUUUCUACACACAAUCUCGCAUCUGAUAAUAUAAUAAUCUUCACAAAUACUUUGAAAAAUUGGAGUAAUAUAAUGGCGUCCAGGAGAAUUUUGAAGGAGCUUAGAGACCUGCAGCGAGACCCUCCAACAUCGUGCAGUGCAGGCCCUGUUGCACAAGACAUAUUUAAUUGGCAAGCAACCAUAAUUGGUCCAAAUGACAGUCCUUUUGCUGGAGGUGUUUUCCAAGUCAGCAUCAAUUUUCCCCAAGAUUACCCUUUUAAACCUCCCAAGGUAUCCUUCAGGACCAAAGUUCUUCAUCCAAAUAUAAACAGCAAUGGGAACAUCUGCUUGGAUAUCCUCAAGGAUCAAUGGAGUCCAGCACUGACCAUAUCCAAGGUUUUGCUAUCCAUAUGUUCAAUGCUAACAGACCCUAAUCCAGAUGAUCCCCUGGUUCCAGAAAUAGCUCACAUGUACAAGACUGACAGGUCCAAGUAUGAAGCCAUGGCUCGAAGUUGGACCAACAAAUAUGCCAUGUAUUGAUCUGAUGAUCGAUUAGGUGCCUUCUUUUAGGCCUUGCUUGGUUUGUGCUAUCGUUGUUUUGUUCAUCAAUUUAAAUAAACUUCUUGGUUGUUUAUGCCCAAUGUUCAAUAAUGGCUAUGUAUAGUAUGAACCAAAGCUCGAAUUUCUUGUGAAAAGUUACGUUAUAGGGAGAUCUCCCAAAAUAAGACUAAAUAAGGUUUGGAAUUCCAAAAUAUGAAAGUUAUUUUUCUUGACGAAAUAUGAGUAAGAUGACAUUAUUUAUUGUCAUCCAGUCGUGAUUGUCAAGUAAUUGCACUACUAGACAUUCAACAUGACAAUAUUUAUUAUAAUUAAUGACAGAAUUUAGGCUUAGACCCGGUUCGGGCCACCCGGCCUAGUACUGUACGGGCCCGGCCCGGGAACCGGUUACCGGUUCCGGGUCUAGGCCCAAUUUAGGGGGGGUAACCGGGGCGGGUACGGGUCUGGGAUAUGUGAAACCGGCCCGACCGGUUCUGGGCCCGGUUCGGGCUUUAUUCAUUUUUUAAAUUUUUUUUUAACUUUCCGGGUUGGGCUGGGUAUUUUGGGCUAUUUGGGCUGGUUUGGGGUCGAGGGUUAAUUAGAAAAAGCAAAAAAUAAAAAAUAAAGAGGCCCGAGGCCCGGACCCGCUGGCAACCCGGGUCGGUCCCGGGCCGGUCCCGGGCCUUUCCCCAACCACAAAAGGCCCGACCUGGCCUAGGCCCGGCCCGGCUCCAUGCCUAACAAAAUUUUUCAAUCAUGACAGUAUUUUUCAAUCAUGAAAGUAACAACUCUUAUUUCGGGAAGAAAAAUAUAGUAGUCUGAUUUUGGAAUUUCCAAAUUUGUUUACUCCUAUCUAGGGCAAAUUUCCAACAUUAUAUUAUGAAUAUUAGAGGGUGUAUAUUUGCAGAAAUAAUGUUUUCCAGGACUGGACAGAUAAAUUGUUUUCCCAUGUUUGGUUGGUUUAUUGAGCAAAUAAUGGUCAAUCU